AUGGAAUCUGUACUACAAGCGCACGGCAUGCCACCGUCUGCCCCUGCUCAAGCGCAAGCUUCGCACAGUGAAGCAAGUCCUGAGCGUUCGAGUAGCCGCGGAAGCACUACCAGCAGCAGCAGCUACUACCGGGGUGGCCAGCACAAGGGUCGAGAAUCUUCCCCGCCCGGUUUGACAAACAGCACCCCUUCGCCUUCCUCUUCCACUUCCAUCGAUGACGAGAACAGAGACUCGGCAGCUGUAGGCGAGUGUCACCUGCAGCAUCAUCAUCCGUCCUUCGAGCAUGAUCUGGCCGCUGCGAGCAAGGUAGCUGCGCAGCAAGGCUUGCGGGACGCGCUGGCCAACGCGCAGGAGUGGCAUCAGAUGGAUUAUACCCAGCUUGCGACUGCAGGCAUGCAGGAAUCCCUUCUGCAUUCCAAGGAGGAGCAACAGGGAGGUGAUGCCAUGUUUGAAGAGAUGAUCGCGUCCGACAGCUUUGAUGGGCCUUCUGCAGCGGCUUCGGACUUUGCGAGCCCAGGCACUGCUUCGACCUCCGCUGCGAUGGCAGUUUCUACCGCACCGCAGCAGCAGUACAGCGUGCAGAGCAUCUCGAGCAAUCCGUAUUCCACACAGCCUACACCGGCCACGGAGACGUCACCAGCAUUUACGCAGCCCCACCCUUCCUCGCACACGCCUCCGUCAGCGGCGCUCAUGUCUGCACCGCACUCGAUGCUGGGUGUCAACGCGCAGUAUGGCUCCGGCUCCCACUACAGCCACACGUGCGAUGCGGACGUCGGCUACACCGCGCACUCGAUCGUGCGUCCCAAGCGGUCCGAGCUGGCCGGCCUGCAGGUGCACGUGCACGGCGUCACGCUAAGCGGUGCAAAGAGCCGCGUCGAGACGCAGAUCCGCAUGCGUCUCGAGUUGGUGCGUCCCGUGCCGGACACCGCGGACGCACGCAAAGGCGAGGAGCCCGUCCCGCCCGGAUCGAUGGUCACGUCCGAGGCGGCGACCGCAACGGCUGCUGCGCGCUUCGGGCCGCCGUCGCGCUGGCAGCGCAUCGGGACGUUCACCCACAUCAAACUACCACCCAUGACAGGCACGCGUCGCAAGUCGAAGAAGAACAUCAAGUCGCCGCCGCAGGUCGACCCGGAAACGACGCUCUUCGUCGACGCCACAGUCGUGAACGCGACGCCGCCGCAUGCACGCGUGUUCGUCUGCGACGGAUGCCGCGCCCGUGAGCGCAAGCGCGUGCUGCGCACCAAGACAAGCAAGAAGGCCGCGGCAGAGGCCGCAGCCAAAGCAGCGGCCGAGGGCCGAGCCGAGGAGGCCGCAGCACUGCUGACACCUGACGGCGAGCCGCAUCCAUCGCCGGAUGAGAUGCGGGAGAUGGGCAUCGACCCGGCCGCGCCGGAUGCGCUGGGGCGCGCCAUCGCGCUGCUCGAGGACCGCGCCAAGAAGCGCGUCGUGCUCUUUAACACGGGCGACUACGUGGAGUUCGACAACGGCGAGGCCAUCCUGCCGACACGCAUUACGUGCUACUGCCGCCAUCACAAAGAGAAGGUCGGCUUCUGUAUUAUUUUCACUAUGCGCGACUGGACCGGUGAGCUGCUCGCCACCGGCACCACGCCGCCCAUCAUGAUCACCGACGAUCACAAGACCGUCACCGCGCAGGGGCACCCCAUCUACAACAACGCCGCCGCGGCACAGCAGCCUGUGCCACUGCUGCGCGGCCUUGCCCUUCCGCCGCAUCCCCACAAGCCGCUGCAGAUACAGCAGAUGCAGAUGCAAAUGCAGAUGCAGUCGCAGUCGGCAAUCGCCGGUUUUGGUGCUCUCGGCUCGGUCGGGUCUGUCAAGCAGAUUGGCGCUAGCGCCGCCGCGGGUGCGUGUGUAGGUACAGGUGCAGGGGUGGUAUCUGGCACUCGCAGUCGCUCGCACACGGUCGAUGCAGAUGCCAGCGGCAAAGCGAGCUCGCCGCUAAACAGCAAACGCGCCAAGCCAUACACCCGACGCCCUCCGUCUGCCACCACAGGCUUAAAUGUCGGCCCCCAACCCGCGUCCUCCUCGCAACAAUCGGCGGCGAAUUCGCCCACGUCCGCCUUUGGUCUUGCCUCUGUCCCUGCGUCGGCGGCUACAGCGGCGAUGACACGUGCUGGCUCGGUUUCGGGCCUCUCGCCUGCAUCUGCUGCUGCAGAGUCGCCGACAAGCAAUGCGCUAUUCGACCAUGCCAACGCCACAGCCGAAACGCUCGGGCGCUUGGUCGACGUCAUGCGCCAGAACGCCGCCAUCGAGGAGCAGUCCUGCUCGCAGUCUCGAGGCGCGAGUCCCAAGAUUCGGCAGCAGGCCCAGCGGGCCGCUGGUCAGGUGCAAGGACAGGCGCAGCUGGUUCCGUAUGCUGCCAUGCAGGGCAGCUUGUCGCCUGACACUCUGCAGACGAUGCCGCACAGCGAACCGAUGUUCGACUUUGACGAGUUCCUCACGGAUGAGAUGCCGAUGUCUGGCAUCCAGCAGCAGCAUCAACCGCGGCAUUCGGUCUUCCCGGGUGCAGCAGCUUCCACGCCUGCAUCUGUUCCCGCUUCUACGCCCGCUUCCGUACCGUCUCUGGCGUUUGAUUCGAUCUACGAUGCCAUCAUGAGCAGGAACGGUCCACAGGACAGCAGCAGCAGUAGCAGCCACCAACAGGCCCCUGCGGCCCUGCCCAAGAUCACUCGUCUCAUUCCUGGCGAAGGCCCGACUGCCGGCGGGAUUGAAGUCACCGUGCUGGGCGAGAACUUUGUCGAAGGCAUCACCGCUAUCUUCGGCGAUAAUCCCGCGAUCAGCACUAAAGUCUGGGCGUCCAAUACGCUCGUGUGCGUCCUGCCGCCUUCGGCCAGCCCCGGACCAGUCAUUGUCAGCUUCAAGCUGCCCACGUAUGGCCUGAGCAGCAACAAUGACGGGAGCGCGCCUGGGGCUUCUUCCGCCAUUGCCGGCACCACCAGUACCGGCAAGGGCUCUGCUGCAAACGGUUCUGCUACCGCCGUGACUCACGGCGCCAGCUCGCACAUGGCCUUCUUCAAUUACGUCGAAAUGACGGAUCGGUCCCUCAUGGAGCUUGCAUUGCAAGUUGUCGGCUUGCAAAUGACGGGGCAGAUGCAGUCCGCCCGCGAUGUCGCCAUGCGCGUCGUCGGCUCCGGGCACAGUCAUGGUAAUGGUGGCAACGGCGGUGGUGGCAAUGAUCAGCAUCACGGUGGUCAGCAGGGCCACCAGCACCAGCAGUCGCUUCAAGAUGCAGAUAUGCAUUCGAUGCUCACUGCAGCUGCUUCCAUGCGUCGUAUCCAUGGUGGGGUGCACAGCUUCCAAGAUAGCAUCAUCACCUUCUUGACCGUCAUGGAUGUCGAAGCCGUUGCGCCGUCAACAACAAGUCGCACAGAUGCCAUCCGCUUGGCCAACCGCCAAGGACAGACGCUGCUGCACCUCGCCGUCAUCCUCGGCUUCCAGCAUUUGGUCGAUGACCUGCUGCGUCGCGGUGCUCCUGUCAACGCUCGCGAUUGCGGCGGCUUCACCGCUCUGCACUUUGCUUGUCUGCACGGUCGCAUGAGUAUAUCUAGGCGCCUGCUUGACCACCAUGCCAGCGCGGAUGUCGUCAACUUUGCUGGACGCACGCCGCUCGACCUUGCUCGCGCGUACCAGCAGGACGACCUCGUCGACCUGAUCGAAGGGCAGGACUCACUCGUCAGCACGCGUAGCGUGUCUGAGAUCACGGACUCGGCGCUGUCCUUUGAGGCUUCGAUCGAGGACGACGAUCAUCUGACGACUAGCAGCGCUGAUGAGGGCGACGCUUCGAACGAAGACAGCGAGAGCGAAAGCGAAAGCGAGAGCGAGAGCGAAAGCGAAAGCGAGAGCGAGAGCGUUUCAGACGAAGGCAAUGCUUCGAGGGCCGAACCUAAAGUGCGCUUUGAGUCUUCGCAGCACGAAAAGGUGCACAAACACGCCGAGGCAGCUAGGGAGAAAGCGAGCAACUUGCUCGCUCCCGGCAUCAAUCGCUUCUUCACGAAGUCAGCUGAUGGCUUUGACUGGUCGCAUACCUUGUCCAGCAUGCCCUCCGUACACAUGCCCGCCGUGCCGGUCUUCCAUCUGGCACUUCCAAAUGCAUCGGCUCUCGUUCCCUGGCCCACGCCGUCCUCACGUCGGGACGGCAAGGCUGCAGUCGAAGUCAGCCCGUCCGACAGCGAAGAUGGCCAUAGCAAGAUGUACAGCCUUUGGAAGGCCCUGCUCGCCCCCACCAACCAGACCCCACCGCCGGCAUACACAGCUGCAGUCAGUGAGCAGCCGUGCAGCGACAGGGGUGAAGGCUCGUCGACCGGUGCGGGCGCAGCUGUUUUCAGCACCGGGAUCGAGGUCUCGACCAUUGCUUCUUCACCGCACACUGCUAGCAGGACCGAAGGCGCAGUGCCGGAGCGGCGAUCUGCGUCCUCUUCGACAGUUAUGCGACGCAAAGCCGCAAAAGGUCCGACUCCUGCAUCGGCAAACGCGACGGUGACUCCGCAACAGCGCACCGUCCACAAGCUCCGCGAAGACCGCAUGCUUAUGUGGUUCUGGCUUCCAGUCCUGCUCUUCUUCUCCAUCAUACUUCUCUUCUCGAGUAGCAGCUCGGUCCUCAGUCUGGCCGAUCUGAUCAGCUACAUUCCUUUAUUGUCCAACUAUGCCUGA